GUUGACACGGCAGGUGGAUGUGACGUCACGGAUGUGGAACAUCAAAACAACAACAUCCAAAUCCGCGCUUCUUCCCCAUUUUUCUUUUUCUUACCGUAUUUAGCGCCUAAUAACAAGACACAAAAAAGGGGGAAGCCCGUGUCUUCUCCCCCCCUCCACGACAUCGACCGGGACGUCGAGCGUUUUUUUGUUCCCCGACGUCGUCCCUCCUCGCCGCUAAGUUAGUUAGUUAGUUCUGUGAGACCGGCGGAGUAAUCUUGUUGGUGUUUACGGUGGGAUUUUGAUGUGGCACGACGCGUUGCGCGCCUCGUCACCUGGACCUAGGAAGUUGUGCUCCUCCGCGUGCUCUCCGGCGAGUCGCGUAAUGAAGCCCCCGUGUUUUUGUGCUAAGACUGCAAACUCAAUUGUGAUUGACGGAAUGGCAUGCCUGGAAAUUCAGCACCAGUGAUCAGGCCCAGUCGAGACAUCCUGUGGAGCCAGAUAUCAGGUUUUUAAGUCAUGAUGCAAGACCCUGGGACCGAGACAACAAGCAAUGGACCACUUCAUCAAAAUGGAGGAGCAGCAGCCAGGGCGGAGGACGGUUCCGGGGAGGGACGCAGCAAGAGCGCCACGCCGUCAGCGGAGGUGACCGCGGCCGAUCUCGCCCGUCUCCAGCAGCACCAGGCUCUCCAGGUAGCUCGGCAGAUUCUUCUGCAGCAGCAGUGUCAACUAAACGCCGGCUGCAAAUCCCCCAAAGCGGAGGACAAGGACCAAAGCUUACAGGUGCCAGUGUCAGUGGCUAUGAUGACGCCUCAAGUGAUCACUCCUCAGCAGAUGCAGCAGAUCCUUCAGCAGCAAGUCCUGAGCCCUCAGCAGCUCCAGGUUCUUCUCCAGCAGCAGCAAGCCCUCAUGUUGCAGCAGCAGCAACUUCAGGAUUUCUACAAGAAGCAGCAGGAACAGCUCCACCUCCAGCUCCUCCAGCAGCAUGCAGGCAGCAAGCAGAGUAAAGAGCAGCCGGUGUCGGCGCAGCAGUUGGCCUUCCAGCAGCAGCUUCUUCAAGUCCAGCAGGUCCAGCAGCAACAUCUGCUCAACCUUCAGCGGCAAGGACUGCUCACCAUCCAGCCAGGACAAGCAUCUCUGCCCCUGCACUCCCUCACUCAGGGUCAGCAUAUUCCUGCAGAGCUGCAGCAGCUGAAGGAGGUAACGAACGCUCACGUGAAGGAGGAGUACAACAACAACAGCAACAACAACAGCAGCAGCCACAACAACAGCAACAAUGGCCACCGAGGGCUUGAUCUGUCCUCGCCGACACCACCAAAGAACCCGGUCCACAACCAGCACGACGCCACCAAUGGGCAGUACAUGAGUCAUAAGAGAGAAGUAUCCACAGUGGAAGAGUCCUCCCCCCAUAGUCAUCCUCUCUACGGCCACGGUGUUUGCAAGUGGCCUGGAUGUGAAGCGGUCUUCGAUGAUUUCCAGUCAUUCCUCAAGCAUCUUAACAAUGAGCAUGCCCUGGAUGACAGGAGCACCGCCCAGUGUCGGGUGCAAAUGCAGGUCGUGCAACAGCUGGAGCUGCAGCUAGCGAAAGACAAAGAGCGUCUGCAAGCGAUGAUGACGCAUCUUCACGUCAAAUCCACAGAGCCCAAAGCCACGCCGCAACCGCUCAACUUGGUGUCCAAAGUUACAUUGUCCAAGUCGGCCCUUCCUGAAGCCUCACCGCCGCUGAGCGUGCCCUGGACCCCCACCACGCCCACGGCACCGUACACGCCGCUGUCGCAGACCCACUCGGUCAUCACGGCCAACACCCUCCACAGCGUGGGCCCCAUGCGGCGGCGUUACUCUGAAAAAUACAACAUGCCCAUCUCUCCAGAUCUCAGUCAGAACAAAGAAUUUUACAUGAACGCCGACGUCAGGCCGCCUUUCACCUACGCCUCGUUAAUAAGACAGGCAAUCCUGGAGUCGCCAGAAAAGCAGCUAACACUAAACGAAAUCUACAACUGGUUCACGCGAAUGUUCGCAUAUUUCCGGCGCAACGCAGCGACGUGGAAGGGUGCCGUUCGCACCAACCUUUCCCUGCAUAAGUGCUUUGUGAGAGUAGAGGAUGAGUUUGGGUCCCGUUGGACCGUUGAUGGCGAGGAGUUUAAGCGCGGCCGACACGUGCAGAGAGGCCGCCCUCGGAAAUACGCCGCCGACGAGCUGCUCGUACAAAGUCCGGCAUUGGUGAAGAAUAUUCAGACUAGCUUGGGCUAUGGCCCAAACUUCUCUGCUGCCUUUCAGGCUUCAAUGGCAGAGAACAACAUACCUCUAUACACAACUGCUUCCAUUGGAAGUCCCACCCUCAACUCCCUGGCCAACGCCAUCCACGAGGAGCUGAAUGGAGCAAUGGACCAUGGAAACAGCAACAGCAGUGACAGCAGCCCGGGACGCUCGCCCCUGCUCGCUAUGCAUCAUCACAUCAGUGUCAAGGAAGAACCGCUAGACCCCGAGGACCACGAAGGGCCCCUCUCCCUGGUCAACCACAGUCCCGACUUUAGAGAUUACGACGACGACCAGGGCCAUGACGACAUGCUGUGAGAGCGUAGCGGCGGUAGUCACGGCAACGAACUGCAGUCUCUCGUGGCGCCGAUGGCCGAAGUAACUUUUUUUUUUUUUUUUUUUUUUGGUGCCAUAACGACACGACACACUUUUUACUCGUCAUUUCCUGAUUUCAUCCUUUGGUACGUGGCGACGUGUUCGCCGUCGGAGAUGAGGGACCAAAAAUAAAAGGGGGAGCCGACAGAGACCCUAGCCACACAGCCAGGAAGGCGGACUGUCAUGUGGUCAUAUGCCCCCACACCCCCCCCCCCCA